AUGCCAGAAAAAUCUAGCUACGCAACACCGAAAUGGUGGAAAGAAGCCGUCAUUUAUCAGAUAUAUCCUUCCUCGUUUCAGGACACCAACGGUGACGGUUGGGGAGAUGUCAAGGGGAUAACAUCACGCGUUGAUUAUCUCAAGGACCUGGGUGUUGAUAUUGUGUGGACUUCUCCUAUUUACAAAUCACCACAAGCAGAUAUGGGCUAUGAUAUCGCCGACUAUAAAGUGAUCGAUCCGAUAUAUGGUUCCGUAGAGGACGUGGACGACUUGGUAUCAGAACUCAAGAAGAGAGACAUGAGAUUAAUGAUGGAUCUUGUAGUCAAUCAUACCUCAAACAUGCAUGACUGGUUUCUCGAAAGUCGAUCUUCCAAGGAUAAUCCCAAACGAGAUUGGUAUAUUUGGAAACCACCAAAAUCAGUAAGCCCUCAUGGAACGCCGGAACCCCCCAACAAUUGGGCUCAGAUCCUCGGCGAGGCAAAUUCUGCCUGGACUUAUGACACGGAGACUUCCGAAUACUAUCUGUCAGUCUUUACCCCUGAACAACCAGAUCUGAAUUGGGAGAACCCGGAAGUUCGAGCGGCCGUAUGGGACGUGAUGAAAUUCUGGCUUGACCGCGGGAUUGCCGGGUUCAGAAUGGACGUCAUCAACAUGAUCUCCAAGGUCCCAACUUACCCAGACGCUCCUAUCGUUUUGGAUCCUGCGAGUCACCAGUAUCAGCCGGGCACACAAUUCUUUGUUAAUGGCCCAAAACUUCAUGACUACAUGCAGGAAAUGUAUCGUGAAGUCUUAUCCAAGUAUGACACGAUCACAGUGGGGGAAAUGCCAGGUGUGUCGGACGAAAAUGAAAUUCUGAGGACCGUUGGUGCCAAUGCUGGCGAACUGAACAUGAUCUUCAUCUUCGAUCUCGUCGACAUUGACAAACCCAAUGUACGAAUGGCUUUGAGGCCAUGGGAUGUGAAGGAGAUGAAAGCUAUCAUCAGCCGAUGGCAGAGGUGCAUGAUCGAUCGCGAUGGCUGGAACUCUGUCUUCAUCGAGAACCAUGAUAACCCGCGAAGUGUCAGUCGAUAUACGGACGAUAGCGAUGAGUUCCGUGACAAGGGUGCAAAGCUUCUCGCAUUGAUGCAGACCACCUUGGGAGGGACGCUAUUUGUGUACCAAGGAGAGGAAAUCGGAAUCCGCAAUGCACCCAUUGAUUGGGACAUUGAUGAAGAAUACAAGGAUAUUGAAACCAUCAAUUUCUGGAAGAAAUGUCAGCAGAUUUACAAAGACAAGCCAGAACAACUCGAACAUGGUCGGAAGAUCAUUCAGAUGAAAGCAAGAGAUCACGCCCGCACGCCCAUGCAGUGGAACCACGAAGAGAAUGCUGGAUUCUGCAAAACUGGCGUCAAGCCCUGGAUGCGAAUCAUGGACGAUUACAAGCAAGGGAUCAACGCUGAGGAUCAGAUCAAUGGUGGUUCGGAUGAUGAACUAUCAAUCUGGCAAUUCUGGCAACGUGGCGUGAAAGACCGAAAGGAGCAUGCUGAUGUCUUCGUUUAUGGUGACUACCAAGAACUCUCGCCAGAGGAUCCUAGCAUAUUCGCCUACGGCCGGACCAGUGCCUCGGGCGAGCGGUGGCUUGUGGUGUUGAAUUUCUCUGGCAAAGAUGUUGAUUGGUCGUUGCCCGAAAGCCUCGCCGUGGACUUUUGGGCAUGUAGCAACUAUGUCAGGGGCCAGCCAGAGAAACCACAGCAAGGCCAAAUUCCUCUAAAGGCUUGGGAGGGAAUCCUAGGGAAAUGUAAAUUAGUGUAG